AUGAAGAGAUAUUUUAAGUUACUUAUCGUUGCAAUUGGCAUCGCCGCUUUUCUUAUCAGUUGCGGAAGCCAAAAUCCGUACCUUUCCAAAGGUAAAGAAUUGAUUAAAUCUGACAAACGACGGAAAGAGGAACGUGCCACCCAACAGUUCAAGUUGGCAAUUCAACAUGAGCAAGAUAAUGCGGAAGCACACUAUCUUCUCGGCUACUACGAUUCUGAGAUGUUUUAUGCGGAUGGGACUCCGGAAAAGGCGAGUGCAUCGAUCGAAGAACGGGGUAAGCAUAUGUUUCAAGCUUACCAAAACGACAAGCGAAAAUACCUCGAAAUCCUUGUCUUUGAGACACUGAGAAACCGUGAACCUGACGUUCAGAACGCAGCAUUAGAUGCACUCAAGCGCAUCUACCAACAAGCUGACCGAAAAAAGUUACUCAAUGCCUUGAAAAAAGCAAUCAAGUCCAAGGAUAACCGCGACAGACACGAUGCACAGUGGGUGUUGGCAUCCCUUGGCAGAGAUCACCCUGAAGAGAUUGGACCGAUUCUUAUAGAACUGCUAGAACAUAAACGCAGGGAAACCCGUUUGAACGUUAUCAAGGCACUUGGUGCAAUCGGGGAUGAAAGCGCAAUUCCGGUAUUAGUAGAGGUGGUCAACUCUGGUUCAGCCAAAUGGAAAAAAGAUAGGGAAGGCCCCGAAAUACGUGGUCUUGCUGUCGAAGCAUUGGGCAAAAUCGGGGGUACUGCCGUAGAGCAAUUGGUCGAGAUCGUCGAGAACAAGGGUUCCUCAAUGCGUGUUGAUGCGAUUCAGGCGUUAGAACAACUCGGUGAUGAAAGGGCGGUUAAACCAUUGCUAGAGGUGUUAACCGAACAGGGCAACCGAGAGGUCGUUGUCAAUUUUUGA